UGUACUUUAACCAUAAAGACAUCCGUUUUAAUCGACUUUUCCUGUAGCUUUGACAGUCUUUCAGCACGGUCAGCCCCAGCUGGAGUUAUGGCAGAUAUCAGCAAAACUGAGAAGGUUCAGCUGGAUGCUCCAGAUCUAGAAGAACUGCGUGGUGUAUUACAGGCUGGACUGGAAACGAACUUCGCCGAAGUUAAAGUGAGCGUUGUGGAGUGUCCAGAUCUCACCAAAGAACCCUUCCAGUUUCCUGUUAAAGGCUUGUGUGGAAAUCCUCGCAUCACUGAUGUCGGUGGUGUACCAUACUUGGUCCCUUUGGCUCAAAAGCACAAGGAGUACAACAUGAACACUAUAUCGAAGGAGCUGGAGCUGCCGGGAGCUUUUCUCCUCGGUGCAGCCGCUGCCCCCUGCAGAAUUGUUGGAAUGAAUGCAGAGCUGAUGCCCCUGGUUCUGACCGAGGCGGGGGGGCGGCCUGCAGUGAACAGCAGCUACUUCUCCUCCAUCAAUCCAGCCGAUGACCAGUGUCUGCUAGAGAAAUACAGCGACAAAUUCUCAGACUGCAACUUUGGACUUCUAGGCAAUCUCUACGCUUGUGAAGGGAAGCCCGGAAAGGUCAUAGAGGUCAGAGCAAAGAAGAGAACAGGAAGCCACAGUCUGGUGACGGCCUUGAGGACCACCCUGGAAGCUCACUACCCCGACAAAAGCCUGGCUCUGGGAGGCACAUUCAUCAUCCAGAAAGGGAAAGCUAAAAUCCACAUUAUGCCAAGAGAGUUCUCAGCCUGCCCCCUCAACACGAACGACGACGUCAACAACUGGUUGAAGCACUUUGAGGUCAGCGCUCCGCUCAUCUGCCAGUCAGUGCUUGUGUCCAGAGACCCUGGCUUGGACCUGCGCGUGGAGCACACACAUUGCUUCAGCCACCACGGAGAAGGCGGCCACUACUACAUAGACACUACCCCCGACAGCGUUGAGUACCUGGGCUACUUCAUGCCGGCAGAGUUUGUCUAUCGCAUCGACAGGCCCAAACAGACCCACAAUGUCGGGCGAGACUGAAACUUUUAAUAUAAGCGCAUAGUUUCUCAUUUAAACCAAACAGGCAGUAUGUGAUAUAAGUCUGAAUUAGUAUGCUUCAUUUGAAAUCACAACUCACAUUUCCUAUGCACAGAAUAAUUACUGAAGAAGAAAUGAGUGUCGAUGAAGAGAAAGGUAAAAAGUAUAGUGUAUUUUGAACCUUGAACCACUUAAGUGCCUGCCAAUUUAACUGUUAUAAAAUAAAAUGUGCUACACAACUCAGAUCAGACUCUUGCAGUAAUGUCUAUGAGCUGCUUGAAUAAACAGACCUCUAUGGUCCACCCACCCUCUCAA